UUAACUAGCUUACUAAUAAUGGCUUCAACUAUUAUAUAAGGGUCAUGCGCCUUAAAUCCCAUAAUAGACGGACAGUGGCUAUUACUUUUUUUUUAAAACCCUUAUUUGAUAGUCGAGACUUGGCAAUGGUCAACGAGGUUUAUUCUCGAUUGUGUAUCGAUAGUUUUUAAUAAACAAUAUUCUGUUUCUCAGUUUUUCAAUAUUUAUUGUGUACUGUAAAUAAUUACACAUCACCACAUCGAUUUGUGUACUGGAUUGAACUAAAUUGGUUUUAUUGAUAUUUAUUGUGAAUUAACUCAACACAGUAAUAAUGAAUAACGAUCAAGGUGACGAUAUAGCGAUGCAGGAAGAAGUGACAAAACAAAGAAUGUUGGCACAGAAAAAAGAAAAAAAAAUCAAAAUUAUUCGAAUAUUGACCGUCAUUGCAUAUUUAAUGUCCGUGUCUACUGUGGCGACCAUGUUGUCUGCGUAUUAUGUUUUUAUCUGGAACCCACACGCUGCUAAUAACACUCAAACGCCCAACGCUGAAAAGUUGGUUAUGGCCUUACAAAGGGCUGGUGAUGAAUACAUUUUUGCUAAUAGCGCUGAUAACGAAUAUACAGAUAAUGGGAAAUUUACAUCUGAUGUACCAAACAGUCAUAAGACCAACGAUCAAUCCAACAAUCCAGAAAGGUCUAUUAAAUUGCAAACAUCAUCAACAAUCAAAUAUUCGACGUCUCACGUUCAAACGUCAAUCGGUAACAUUUCAGAAUCAUUAACUGUGGCGAACAAUUUAUCAUAACCAUGAUCCAACAUAUUGUUAUUACAUGUCUAAUAUUACAUUUAAAUUUAAUUUCCAAAACACUGUUUACAGCGACGACGUGCACAUUAAUGAUUAAUUUUAUACUGAAGUAGCAUAAAUAAAUAAAAUAGCAUUAUCGAUUCCAUUAACAAGCGAGUUCCAUGUUUAAUCUGCAUAAUUUCUAAAAGAAAAAAAGAAUUUAUAUGAAAAACCUUUUGAACGAUAUCGUUAUAUUAUUCACACAAUGGCUUCACACAUACUGCUAUGACAUAAUAAAUAAUGUUUUAUUUUCUUAUAAGUUUCUUGGUUUACUCUUUCACAAAAGAAUCGGUCAAAUGUUUUUGUUGUUUCUACUAAAACAUCUCCUAUUUCUUUUCAGUUUUCACCCUACACAAAAUCCCAUACCUACGUGUAUUAUAAUACUACACCGUAGGUACGUUUUUCAGUUGCCUAUUAUUUUCAAACACUAUUUUUUUUUUAUAGGUACCUUGGUACCUGAUAUAAUUAGUCAAAAGAAUUAAAAGUAAAAAUACAACACAAAUAAUAAAUAUUAUAAUAAUAAUAAGCCUGCUUUUCAUUUUAACUAUAUAUGGCACGUAUUGUUUUGAUAUAAUAAUUAUAUAAUUAUUAUGCGUAGGACCAACAGUAAAAUUUAGAUUAGUUUGUACAUUUAAUUUAGUCUCUUAAUAUACUCUUAAACAUACCUACAAUGCCGUUAUUGCAAUGGUUACAUCGUUCUAAACGGCUAUAUAAUUGUCUAGUAUAUAUUAUAUUGUAAUAGUUGUAAUACUUAAUUUUAUAUUUUGAUAUUAUGAUAAAAAUAUUUAAUUUAUUCGAAACUAACAAAAUAUGUUUUAUACUUUAUUCAUCAACCAACCAAAUAAGAAUAACCAGUGUUUGGUUAAAUGGUUCCUACAUAAUAAAAUAAUGUGAAAUUAAAUUAUUUCAAUGUUGUAAA